AUGUUCGAACGUCGCUCUGUCAUAUUUGUCAGUGUCGGCGCGGAAACAACGAAAACGUUGGAGGGCCAUCCACGUCCAAUUCACUCCACACAUGUGCCCAAGGUGGAGGUCCAGGAGAAGUACGUAGACGUGCCGACCACCCUGUACCAGGAGAAGGUCGUGGAGGUGCCUCAGGUUCAAGUCGCUGAGGUCGUGAGACAAGUGCCCAAGAUUGAGGUGCAAGAGGUCAUGAAGGAAGUCAGCAAGCCCAUCACUGAAGUCUACGAGAGGAUCGUGGAGGACGUCUGUGCGGAUGCCUCUGCGACCCCUCGGCGCGUUCUGGCGGCGGUGAGCGAACGACAGGUCCGGCGCUGGCGGGCGCGGCCUUCCCGGGCCACGGGGAGCUUCGAGAGGCUUCGACCAGGGACUGCGCUUGCGCUGCUCGGGGCACUUCGUGUUGGACAGGUGGAGGUCGACAUUUUUCACGUCAACGCCGCCGUGGAUCGUUGCGCGAAAGCGGGCGACUGGGAAGCGGCUCUGUUUACCCUCGACCUGGCUGUCGACUGGCGGCUGGCGGCUGAUGUUGUCAGCUACAGCAGCAGCAUCAGCGCCUUUGCCGCAACUGGGCGCUGGUGGCUGGCCUGUGAACUCUUCGCCAAGAUGCAGCAGGAGGGGGUGAUCCCCAGCCUCAUCACCUUCAACAGCUUGAUGCACGCCUGCGCUUGCGGAGGGGCCUGGGACCUCUCGCUGUUCUUCUUGGGCGCUCUGGGGAAGGCUCAGUUGAAGCCCAGCGCCGUAAGUCUGAGCAGCGCCAUUCGAGGCUGCGAGCUCCAGAGCCUCUGGAGCCACGCCUUGGCUCUGCUGGUGGAGGCGGGUAGCACCCGCAGCGAAUUCGCAUUCAACGGAGUCAUCAGUGCAUGCGAGAAGGGCGGCGCAUGGGGGAUGGCGCUGCAGCUUCUGACUCAGAUGCUGGAGGAGAUGGUGCCGCCAGAUGUGAUCAGCUACAGCUCUGCGGCGGCAGCUUGUGCGCAAGCUGGGCAUUGGAUGGAGGCUCUCUGCGUGUUGCGGGCCAUGUCGCGUGCAGAGGUGGCGCCGAACGAUGUGAGCUUCAAUACCGCGCUGAGUGCCUGUGAGCAGGGACAUGGUUGGGGAUUGGGCCUUGUCCUCCUGAAUGACAUGGCCUCGGCGCGACCGCCGCGCGAUGCUUUCAGCUACAGCAGUGCCAUCAGUGCAUCCGAGCACGCAGGCCGAUGGGAGGUGGCGGGUGAGUUGCUUGACCACAUGUCCCUGGCGAAGGCUCAGCCCAACUUGCUCUGCUUUUCGCCCGUGCUCCGCGCCAGCGCUCGCUGCCAAGCGUGGGGAGAUGCUGUGAGGACGCUUGGGCUCAUGUGGGAGAUCGCCGUGAUCCCUGACGUCCCGCAGACGAUGUACGUGGAGAAGCUGGUCGAAGUGCCGAAAGUGCAGGUGGUGGAGACCAUCAAACAAGUGCCUAAGCCGAUGAUGAAGCAGGUGGAGAAGCAGGUCGUAAAGCCGAUCUACGAGGUCAUCGAGCGGGUGGUAGAGGUGCCCAUCACAACCAUCCAGGAGCAGAUCGUGGAAGUUCCGAAGAUGGAGUACGUCGACCUUGUCCGCGAGAUUCCGAGGCCGGAGGUGCAAAAGGUGCAGAAGCAGGUUGAGAAGCCUGUGAUUCAGUGCAUCGAGAAGGUCAUGGAAGUCCCACAGUACACCGUGCAGGAGUGCAUCGUGGAAGUCCCCCGGGUGGAAGUCCACGAGGUCACGAAGCAGGUGCCCCGCGUGGAGAUCCAAACGGUCGACAAGGAGGUCAGAAAGAGGGAGAUUCAGUACGUCGAGAAAAUCGUGGAGGUGCCGCAGAUUGUCUACGAGGAACGCAUCGUGGAGGUGCCUCGGAUCGAAUACCGCGAGGUGAUCAAGCAGGUGCCGAAGCCAGAGGUGCAGUACAUCGACAAGAAGGUGCCCAAGCAUGUCAUCGAAUACGUGGAGAAGAUCGUGGAGGUGCCACAGGUGGUCUAUGAGGAGCGCCCCGUAGAAGUGGAGCAGGUUCACACUGUGGAGGCCCUCACCGAGAUCCCGAAACCGGUGGUGCAGACGAUCGAGAAGCAAAUCCCCAGGAUCGAGCUCCGGGCGCAAGAGCGCAUCGUGGAGGUUCCGACGACACUGCAGGUCGAGCAGCCGGUUGAGGUUCCUCAGGUGCUCAUCGCCGAGCAGAUACGCCAGGUCCCUGAGCCUGAGGUGCAGUACGUCGAUAGGGAAGUGCCCAACGUGACCUACCAGCCGGUAGAGCAGAUAGUGGAAGUUCCUCAGGUUGUCAAAGAGGAGCGACUUGUGGAGGUCCCGCAGGUGCAGCUGGCGGAGUUCGUGAAGCAGGUGGCAGGGGUGUGGAAGCUGUGUUUCGCCGAGCUGGGCAUCUUCUCGGCACGUGCAAGAGUAGCUUGGUUGGCGGCAGGUUUGACUCCACACACCGAGCUGCCACAGCAGACGACGGUACACCCCGUGUCAUCAUCCAGAAGCUCGCAGAAGAGAUCUGUUUCUGAGACCGGCCUGUCUACGCAGGACAUGCAGAAGGUGGCGAAUUUAGUGCUAUCAGGUGGGGCUCUCUAUGCAAGUGGCGCCUACAACAGCAGCUACGCGGCUGUGUUGGAUGCGCACUCUCGGGCGAUGAAGAGAAGCGCAGAGUACCGGAAAACCCGAAGAAGGUCUCCGUGA